AUGUCUUCUCAACCAUGGAACUGUGCGCUUAUCACUGGUGGUGGUGGAGGUCUGGGUAAAGUGUUUGCUCAAUCACUAAUUAAGCGUGGGAAGAAAGUUUACCUUGCCGGGCGGACCGAAUCGAAUCUGGCACAAACGACCAAGGAAAUUGGUGCUGCAGGAUAUUUUGUUGUCGAUGUCGGUAAUACAUCCUCACUCCCUGCUUUCGUGGAUAAAGUCACCAAAGAAGCUCCGGAGAUCGACUGUCUACUCAACAACGCUGGAAUUCAAAAACCCCUCAACUUUGAGAAGGGAGCCGACCUGAACGCAAUAACCCAAGAAAUCAAUACGAACAUCACCGGCUUGGUACAUCUUUGUGCGCUCUUCAUUCCUCAUCUUAGACAAAAGCAACAUGCAUCUAUCCAAAAUGUCGCUUCUGGAUUGGCAUACGUCCCGAUUGCUGUAGUUCCAGUGUACUGUGCAACCAAGGCGUUCGUAAAGAGUUUCACUCUUUCACUUCGCGAACAAUUGCGUUCUACAAACAUAAGCGUUAUUGAGAUCUCUCCGCCUCUGGUCGAGAGUGACUUGCACAGGGACCAUGAUAAUCCAAACAACAACAAGAAAUCAAACUCCCCUCAUGCGCUUACUCAAGAAGAAUGGAUUGCGCAUGUUGAGAAGGGGUGGGACGAAGGGAAAGAAGAGAUUGGUGCUGGAUUUUCGCAAUCUGGGAUUGACGCGUGGCGCAAGUCAUUUGGGGAGUUGCAUAGUAAGAUGGCCUCUCAAUCUCACUAA